AUGGAAGUGACGGAGCUGGGUCCGCAGCAGGAUGAUGGCGGCGACGCAGGGUUGUCGCUGCUUGGCGCGGAGAAGAACGACGUUAUGAUGGACGUGGAUGGCGGUUCGGCUGCGGCGGCGGAUGCGCCGUACAUUGCGGGGAACGCUGGUCGGAAGGGAGGCCAGGAAAGGAAGGAGGAAGAAGUAGCGAAAACUUCCAGGUUGGCGGCUGCGGAUGAGGCGAGGAUCGCUGCGGCGGCUGACGAAGAUGACGCCGUCAAUCACGGCAAGAAUCCCGCGCACUCUCGGCGGAAAGAUGCAGCCGCGGAUAUCGCACCGGAGGAUGCGGAGAGCCAGCAUGGCUCGAAAAGCCGCGCCGGGAAGAGCGCCGCCGCACACGGCGGGAAGGUGACGGCGAUGGCGGCGCUGUCGCAGGUGCUGGUUCGCACGAGCCUGGAGUCGUGUCGGACGGUGGUGCUGCGAGUCCGGCCGAGCGACACCGUGGACGACGUGCUGUGGCAGAUCCAGCGGAAAACGGGCCUACCCGCGCACGAGCACCGCCUCAUUUACGCGGGGAAGCAGCUCGACACCUCCGCGCGCCUGCAGGACGUGCCUGUGCCGCACGAUGCCACGCUGCAGCUGAUCGGACGGCUGAGAUCGACGCUCUUCCCCGACGUGUGGCUGCUGGUGGCGGAAAUGGAGGCGGGGCUGGCGCAGCUGCAGCGCCUGGAGGCCGUGGGCGCGGGCGUGGGGGAACCUCCGCCUGGCGCGGGGAAAGGCGAGGGGGGCGGAAGGGGUGGAGGCAAGGGGAGUGAGGGGGAGGGAGGAAGGGCGGACGGAAGGGGGGAUGGGGGUGAAGUCCCCAUGCACGAGCAGCGCGCGGAAGUGGCGGAAGGGGGGAGGGGAGGCGGAGGAGGAGGUGGAGAUGCGUGCAAUUUGGUGCAGGAGGCGGGUGGGAAGGGGCGGAGGCAGCGGCUGAGCAAGUACUACGAGGACAAGAUCCACUGCGCCAUGGCGCAGCUCUUCGUGCGCGCUGUUGACACCAUCCGCUCCGGCCACGACGGCUGGACCAUCAAACUCGCCGAAUACAUCGAGGCCUUCAGGCUGGCAGGAGGAGUGCGGGCGGCCGUGCAGCUGCUGCAGCUGAAGGAGCCCCACCACAUGCGCUUUGCCGACCAGACAGUCGCCAGCUUCCUGGAUGAACGAGCCCUGAUCACAUACAUGCACGACUACGCCUGCCCGGGUAAAUUCGCGCGCCCUUUACUGGACUACCUGGGCCCCGUGCUCAUGGAGCUGCACGUGCUGCUCGACUCAUGCCGCCUGCGCCCUGUUCUCACCGCCAGGUGUUGGGAUGCACUAGUGAAGCUCUUCGGAAAGGUACAGCUGGGUCGCUUCUGCCCGCAGCUCAACCGCUCGCCCGACUGGCUCGUGCGCAACCUCGCGCCCUUCCUAGAGAAAGCAGCCACGGAUCUCUGCAUAAGCCUGCACCAGCUAACCCUGCUCGCAGCCGCCAAGUCAGACACCCUCACCUCCCCCCUCACCUCCUCCGCGUCCUCCGCUUUCAAAACCUUCGCCUCGGCUAUUGUGCUCUCGCUGCCCUUCUGCCGCCCGGCCGUGCGCCAGUCCGCGUUCUGCCGCCCGGGGUGGCUGCUGACCGUGUUUGGCUCGAAUCAGCACCUGGCGCCGGGAGGGGACCUGGCGUGGGUGUGCGAGCACAGGCAGCUGAUCGACUUGGAUGUGAAGCGACGCUGGAUGGGCGCGCUGCUGCCGGAACCCGCGGAAGACCAUGCCAACCGAUGCACCGUCAUUGUGCACCGAGGCCCCUCGCUACUCCACGAGUCCUUCGACCAGAUCUUCUACGCGCCCCCGGAGGCCCUCAAAUCCGGCUUACUCGUGCAAUUUGUAGACGAGGACGGCUCGGGCGCGGGGGUCCUGCGCGAGUGGUUCAUGCUCGUCGGCUGCGAGCUCUUCUCGGGCGCCAACGCGCUCUUCUCCGCCUGCCCCGACGACCACCAGCGCUUCUUCCCCUCGCCCUCCUCCGCCAUCAACCCCGGCCACCUCUCCUACUUCCGCUUCUGCGGCCGCGUCGUGGCCCUCGCCCUCAUGCACAACAUCCAUCUAGACGUCACCUUCGCCCUCGCCUUUUACAAACUCCUCGCCGGGCGGGAGGUCACCUGGCGCGACUGUAAAGACAUGGAUCCGGAGCUGUUUGCGAGCUGUAGAGCCAUCAUGGCUCUGCCGGCCACGGAUGUUGAUGCGGACGUGCUGGGGCUGACGUUUGUGUGCAGCGUGGAGGAGGGCGUGGGCGUGGGGGAGAGCAGGGUCGUGGAGCUGUGUCCGGGCGGGGAGUUCAUCAAAGUCACCAACAGCAACCGCCACGCAUUCAUCGACCUGCUUGUGAAGCGAAGAAUCGUCGCGCCUAUGAGGCUGCAGGCGCUGGCCUUUGCUGCGGGAUUUUCGGAGCUGCUGCACUGCCGGGACCUCCCCAUCUCCCUCGCUCUCCACACCUCCCCGCUCCAUGCUUCCUCCCUCCACGCCUCCUCCCUGCACGCCUCGUCUCUCCGUCCUCCCCACUCUAUUCCUGCUGGCGUCAGCAUUCCUGCUGCUGGCGUCACUGUGACUCCAACCGGCCUCGCUCUGGCUCCUGCUGGCGUCAGCAUUCCUGCUGCUGGCUUCCCCAUGCCUCCUAAUAAUGACGAGAGCACUAGCCCUAUCAACCACCAACCAUCACUCAUGGUACCGCUAGCUACAGCCGCUACAGCUGCUACAGGCGCUACAGCCCCCAUUGCUAUCGCCGCGCUACCCAACAUCCUGCCCAUGGCUACAUCUAUUGCUGCUACAGCCGGUGCAGGUGUGCCAGCCGAUCCAGCCUCUGCUGCAUCGGUUGUAGCGCCAAUGAUGGCCGAAUCCCCCAUGGCGGCUGUAGCGCCCGUUGCGCCAGUGGUGGUGCCGAUGGUGAGUCCGGCUGUAGCGGUGGUGGAGAGCGGGUGGGUGAUGCAGCAGGCGCUGCGGCCGCUGGACGCGGGGGACUUUGAGGCGCUGCUGUACGGCGAGGAGAGGGACAUUGACGUGGCGGACUGGCGUGCGCACACCGACUACCAUGGCUAUCGGGCCACCGACCCUGAGAUUGAGUGGUUCUGGGAGGUGGUGGAGGAAAUGACCAAGGACCAGCGCAGGCGUCUGCUCUACUUCACCACCGCCAUCACACGCCUUCCUGCUUCGGGCUUUGCUGGCCUGCAAUCUAGGUUCCACAUUCAUCUUGCAUUGACUGACACCACACACCUGCCAACCGCACACACGUGCUUCCACCAACUUGUGUUGCCACCAAGAGGAGCGCGACUCGCAGCCAUGGAGUAUCUGAAGAAGCUUCGUCAGCUGGACGCGUAUCCGAAGGUCAAUGAGGAUUUCUACAGUCGCACCAUGUCAGGCGGCAUCCUCACGCUCAUUUCCUCGGUCGUCAUGGCCGUGCUCUUCAUCACCGAACUCCGCCUUUUCCUCCAGCCGAAGAUCGUCAACGAGCUAUCUGUCGACUUGUCACGCGGAGAAACCCUCAAAAUCAAUCUGGACGUGACGUUUCCGCGCCUGUCAUGCGCGGUGCUGUCGCUGGACGCUAUGGACAUCAGUGGAGAGCAGCACCUCGACGUGGUGCACAACAUCUACAAGCGGCGGCUGACGCCCAUAGGCCUGCCGGUGGAGGGGAUAGACUCGAAGCUCGAGAUAGGGGCGAAGCAGCACGACGUGCUCAAGAAGCGCGACAAGUUCGGCAACGUCGUGCCCGACGACCAGGACUUCUGCGGCAGCUGCUACGGCGCUGCUGAGACGGAGGACCAGUGUUGCAACAACUGUGAGGAGGUACGCGAGGCGUACAACAAGCGCGGGUGGGCCUUCAACAACGCUGACGCCAUCGAACAGUGCAAGAGGGAGGACCUUAUAGACAAGAUUCAGGCGCAAGUGGGCGAGGGGUGCAACAUGUAUGGCGUGCUGGAGGUGAACAAGGUGGCGGGCAACUUCCACUUCGCCCCGGCCAAGGUGUUCUACACGGCGGGCAUCUCCAUCUUCGACCUCGUCAUGUUCCACGACACCGUCUUCAACAUAUCCCACACAGUUAACUCGCUCUCCUUUGGGGCCAAGUUCCCAGGAGCGGUCAACCCACUGGACAAGGCACAGUGGGUGCAGGAGAGCGAGUCAGGCAUGUAUCAGUAUUUCAUCAAGGUGGUACCCACCAUGUACACCGACUCCCACAACCACACCAUCGCCUCCAACCAGUUUUCAGUGACGGAGCAUUUUCGGCCAGCACCAGCGCAUGACCAGCAAUCGCUGCCAGGAGUCUUCUUCUUCUACGACCUCUCUCCCAUCAAGGUGCAAUAUUCCGAACGCUACACCUCUUUCCUCCACUUCCUCACCAACGUGUGUGCCAUCGUGGGAGGCAUCUUCACUGUUACAGGCAUGGAGGUUAAGGAGGGUACGCAGGAGAAGGUGGAGGGGGCCAAGGCCGGCCUCAAGGAGUCUAUCGAGUAUGCCAAGGCGGACGUGAAGCAGACGUUUGAGAAGCUCAAGCACCCCAUGAACAGGGAGAAGAAUCUGGAGGCCCGUGACGAGGCUUUUGAGAGGAAGCUGGAAGCAACGCGGGAGAAGCUGGAGAGGAAGGAGAUCGCCCACGAGCGACGCCAAGAAGCCACUGAAGAGGCACUUCACAAGGUGCAUGCCUCCAAGGCGGAGCAGGCGGCUGAGAAGGGAACGGCUCAGCACGGCGUGGCGCCAGGUGCUGCCGGUGCAACUGCUGCUGGCGCUGGUGCCGCUGGCGCUGCUGGUGCUGGUGCUGGCGCGUACGGUGCAAGCCACGAGCGUGAGCGUGGAGCAGGCUUGGGAACGCACGAGCGUGGCACUGGAACCGGUUACGGCGAGGCUGGCACCGGAAGGGAGGGCGUCGUGGAGAAGGCCAAGCACGCUGUGACAGGGAAGCCCUCUGCUGAGCGUCAUGCCGAGAGGGGCACUGGGUAUGGCGAGACUGGUACUGGUUAUGGUGAGAGUGGUACUGGUUAUGGUGCCCCUCACGGCGAGCGUGGGACUGGAAGGGAGGGUGUGAUGGAGAAGGCCAAGCAUGCUGUGACAGGAAAGCCUUCUGCUGAACGUCAUGCCGAGAGGGGCACUGGGUAUGGUGAGACUGGCACCGGUUAUGGUGAGACUGGCACUGGUUAUGGUGCUACUCACGGUGAGCGUGGGACUGGUGCUGGCUAUGGUGCGAGCCAGGAGCGUGGUACUGGAGGCGAAGGCGUGAUGGGGAAGGUGAAACACGCUGUGACCGGAAAACCCUCUGCUGAGCGUGGCACAGGUUAUGGUGAGACGGGCACAGGUUAUGGUGAGACGGGCACUGGCUAUGGUGGCAUUCACGGCGAGCGCGGGACUGGUACUGGGUAUGGUGCUAGCCAGGAGCGCGGGACCGGGGGCGAAGGCGUCAUGGGGAAGGUGAAGCACGCUGUAACUGGAAAACCCUCUGCUGAGACUGGCACUGGGUAUGGCGAGACUGGCACCGGCUAUGGUGGCACUCAUGGCGAGCGUGGGACUGGCUCUGGCAUGGGUACGGGAACUGGUUAUGGUCAUGGUGCUACUCACGAGAGGGGUACUGGUACUGGCGCCGGCUAUGGCACUGGCACGGGUUAUGGUCACGAGGGUGGUGCUGGCACUGGCUAUGGUGCUGAGGGUGGUACAGCAGCAGGGACGGGUGGUGGUGGUGGUGGUAUUAUGGGGACGAUCAAGAAGGCAUUUACUGGAUCAAAGGGAGCAGUGGCAGGUGGAGCGGCAGGUGUGACGGUCGAGACGGUCCUGUACCCCAUCGACACCAUCAAGACGCGCCUUCAGGUGGCCUCCUCAGGGGGCGGCAUCAACUUCAAGGGGCUCUACUCGGGCCUCUCUGGCAACCUCAUUGGCGUGCUGCCGGCGUCAGCUAUAUUCAUUGGCGUGUACGAGCCAGUCAAGGCCUUCCUCCUCAAUGCCCUUCCCGAGAACAUCAGCGUUGCCGCUCACCUGGCAGCAGGAGCAGCGGGAGGCACAGCAGCUUCUCUCGUUCGAGUCCCCACUGAGGUGGUGAAGCAGCGCAUGCAGACGGGGCAGUUCCCCACGGCAGUCAACGCUGUCAAGACCAUUCUGUCUAAGGAGGGAGUCAGGGGGCUCUAUGCGGGUUAUGGCUCCUUCCUUCUGCGAGACCUACCAUUUGAUGCCAUCCAGUUCGCCAUCUACGAGCAGCUUAAGAUCCAACUCAAGAAAACGCUGAAGCGGGACCUUAAGGAUCCGGAGAUGGCAGUGGUGGGAGCAGUCUCAGGUGCCAUCACAGGCGCUGUCACCACACCCCUUGAUGUCAUCAAGACUCGGCUCAUGACCCAGGGGACGUCUGGGCAAUACAAGGGCAUCAUUGACUGCAUUCAAAAGACAGCAGCACAGGAUGGAGUAGGCGCUCUCUUCAAGGGUGUUGGCCCUAGAGUAAUGUGGAUCGGUAUUGGAGGAUCAAUCUUCUUCGGAGUUCUUGAGAAGACAAAGCAGCUUAUGCACAAGGCAUACCACACACCUCCACCAUCAGAAGCUUAUUUCUAA